AAAUGCUCCAUUUAUUUCGCGAGUCUGUCGUUGACAAACAGCUUGAAGAAAUUGAGACAAUUAAUAAAAAUGAAGUUGUUCUCUUAUAUUUUCCUGCUGUUAAGUACCUUCGUUAUUGCUAGAGGUGCAAUAGCGGAUCAACAGCCAUACAAUGUGAGUGGUAUUAUUCCGGCAGUAUUUGUAUUUGGGGACUCCAUAGUUGAUACAGGCAACAACAACUAUAUUGUGACAAUAGCCAAGGGGAAUAUGCCACAACAUGGGAAGAACUUCAUGGGAGGAAAAGCCACUGGGAGAUUUUGUGAUGGAAAAAUUCCCUCUCACAUUCUUGUGGAAGAACUGGGAAUAAAAGAGGUCCUACCUCCAUAUCUUGAUCCAACACUACAAGCUAAGGAUUUAAUAACAGGAGUCACUUUUGCUUCAGCAGGUUCAGGAUAUGAUCCACAAACUAAUGCUUUAUUGUCAGUUCUAUCAAUUCCAAAACAAUUAGAGUUGUUCAAAGAAUAUAUUGGCAAACUUAAAGCUAUUGUUGGAGAAGCAAGAGCCUUAGAAAUUGUAGGCAACAGCCUUUUUAUAGUACUCACAGGUCACAAUGACAUUCACCUAAAUCCAGCUUCCUCUCUAAACCCAUCAUAUAAUGAGAUCUUGGUCAACUUCGCUUCCAAUUUUUUGCAGGAGUUGUACAAGUUGGGGGCACGCAAGAUUGGUGUUUUUGGUGUAUUACCAUUAGGAUGCAUGCCAUUUCACAGAAAUACUCGAAGAGGAAUUCAAAGAAAUUGUGUAGAUUCUCUUAAUAAGAAAGCAUACUCAUUUAACAACAAGCUCUCUACUGAGAUAAAUUCUCUUAUUAAUAAAUUUCCUGACGCUAGAAUGGUCUAUAUUGACAUUUACAAGUUUAUGUUUGACCUAAUCAACAACCCUACAAAAUAUGGAUUCAAGAUUACAAAAAAUGGAUGUUGUGCUCUUGUUGGAAAAAUAGAAUUGCUAGCUUCUUGCCCAAUCGCAUGUUCAAAAGAUGAUGACUACAUCUUUUGGGACGGCUUCCACCUUACAGAAAAAGGCUAUAGACUAUUAAUCAAUCAAGCUCUCCAGCAACAUCUUCAAACCUUCAUCUCAUGACCAAAUUCACCAUAAUCAUUCUCUCCUUCCUUCCUUCAUAUACACAAGCAUUGUUUGUACUUUAAUUUCCUCUAUUUUGUUACUUUUUUUGAGGUUCCCCUCACUGUUUUUUUCUAUUGAUUGUUGUCUUAUUAAUCCAUCUCGGGAAAAAAAAAUUGUAUUUCCUUGUAAAAGUAUAUAAUCUA